AUGCAGAUCCAGACGCCCGCAAUCGCCGGAGAGCAGAUUCUUGUUCCAGCGAUUCCUGAAAACACGGGCAUAUCGUACUUGGCGGAAGGGGGGGCAAACAUCGUCUACCGCAUUUCCGUACCGGAUCCCAGCCCUCCACCAAGUGUGAUCGAAGAAUACGGCGACGAUACACCUCCUCCAACAGAAAUUAACGAUGUAGAAGAGAAGAUUGCAUCGGUAGCUGCUUUAAACGUGUUUGAUAAUAAAUUGCUUCGCGCCCGCAAAGACCUUCCAACCACGGUUUCAUGCGCUGUCUCUCAUGCGAACUGGCUGCGUCUCAUCGUCUGCUUAUUCGAACCAGCCCAGCUCGUUCAGCAGUGUCUCGUCCAACUGAGACCGGCUAAGGUUACUGAGCAUCUUAACCAGAAACUUCUUAGCUGGGAACAUUCCUCUAUGAAGGGCUCUCUAUCCUCACCUGACAUCCGCCCGGCUAAGCGUCACGGAGUCUAUCUAGCAGACGACUUAUAUGGUCUUCUCAUCACUGACAUGAGUCCUGGGCAUGGCGAUGAAGUCAUUCAAUUCAAGCCAAAAUGGCUUUUGCAAUCGCCGUCUGCUCCUGCAGGCGCUAAGCGCUGUCGGACCUGUGCGAAGGUAGCACGCACUGCAGCAAAGCUUGCCCGAGAAAAUCCAGGUGCUACCAAAAAGGGGUUCUGUCCGCUUGAUCUUGUCUCGGAAAAUAGCCGUGAUAUCUCUUGGGUUAUAUCUCAAUUGGGGGGCAAUCCUUCGAAGGCGUUGCGGCUACAACGGUGGCUUGAAUCGAAUACCCUUCUUAAGCGGCUCCGUGAUGCUCAGUGCAAUCUCGACCGGAAAGGUACGUUUGAAACCGACCCAGGUGAUGAAAGCUUCCGUCUGGCCAUGACCCUGAGGGAUUGCUCUUUAUAUGUCCGCCUGCCGGUGGACGGAAAGGACGAUGAUAAAAUAGAGGCUCGCAUCGGUGAUCUUGACCUGAAGAGUCCGGACAAAGGUGACUACUGGAAGACUGUCGAGCGGCAGUUGAUCGAUGAGGGAUGGUACAUGGGAACCGAGAAGAAAGAAGAUCUGCAACCAUUAACUUGCUCGCUUUCUCCAGACCGAUGGUCUGUAAUUGGAAAACGUCCGACAAUCUGA